GUUGAAAGCGCUAAGACAUUGCAAGCGGAAGAAGUCGGCCAGCAGCCCAAGUGAAGGUGAAUGCCGAGCAGUCAGCCCAGCCAACAGCCCAACAAGAAGUGUUGCAAAGUAGAAAAUCUGUUAAUUAAGUUUUUGGCAGUGGAGUGAAACAAAAGCCGCGCAUAAAACACAAAAGAAAACAACAAAAGAAAACAUAAAUAAAUAAAAAUGAAAGCUGGCCGCGCCUUUGGCUGCCUCUUCUGGGCUUUGCUCUACUGUGUGCUCUACCUGGAUCUAGUCGGUGGCAGCAGCAGCAGCGAUGAGGAGCUCCUCGACUUUGACUUUGCGGAUGCCAAGGACCAAGCUGCGGCGGAUGACUGGCAGCUGGAGGACUUGGAAGAGCAGCAGCAGGCGGAUCACAAAUUGGAAUCGAACAUGCUCGACUUUAGCGUGGAUCUGGAUGAGCCGGAGCCGGAGCGGCAGGCGCCGCAGUUUGAUUGGCGCGAGAAGGUGCUGAGGAAUGCCCUGGCCAAGGCCCUAACCGAUGAGGGUUUGCGGCAGAAAUUCAUCGAGGUGAUGCCUAUUCUGCGUGUGUUAUCCUCACAGCAGCGUUUGGCUUUGUCCGCUUUGAUCUCUGCGCAAAUGAAUGCCAAGCAGGGACACGAUCUGAGACUAGAACAGGUCCGCAUGAUGUUUGGCAAUGACAAGAAGCUCAUCCUACCCAUUGUCUACGAUCUGGCCAAUCUGGUGAAGAGUUCUACACGCAAAUAUCUCAAUCUGGAGUCCGAUUUGGCUGCCGCUUCGGCUUCGGUUACGGCUCUGCUUCAAGCGCCUUCGCUGCAGCGCAGACAGGAUCAGCUGACGGUGGUGGAAUCCGAGCAGGAUGAUCGUGUGGGCACCAUUGAUGUCAGCGGCAAACCAGAGGGAGCCAAUGCCAGUGUCCAGCCAGAGGUUGCCGCCUCUCUGGAAGAUUUCUUUGAGGAAAUGCAAUCCGAUGUGCUCGAUCCACAGAUGAUCAAUGAGGCGCUACAAUCCGCAGAGAGUACGCAAAGAAAUUCUUCGAGCAAGGACUCGAAACGCGUGCGACGUUCUGCCAAUGAAUUUGUCCACAAGUUGACCCGCUCCGUGCCCCUUUCGGUGACAGAGCAACAGCUCCUAGGCGGCAUAGCUGGCCGCACUGUGCGCCUCAACACAACGUCAUUUCAACAGUCCCCCAGCAGCUCCAAUCAAUCCUAUGUGGAGAUUGAGGAUCUCGCAUUUGCCGGUCUCAAUGGCACCGAAGUGCUGCCGCUGAGCGCCGAUGAGCGCUUGGAUUUGCAGCGCAACAGCGGCGAGGAGUCGUUGCCGGAGGAGCCACUGCCCAGCCCAGAAGAACUGAUUGCCGGUCCACGCUAUCGCCUGGGCAAACGCCCUUCGCCUGGGCAAAAGUCACAGCCCGUGAAGCGCAAGCGACUGCAGACAGGCAGCCUGAGGGGCAGACCCAAGACCUCGGCCAGCAGCCACAAGCCGCAGGUGGUGCCGCCGCUGGUGGUGGCGCAACGCAAAUGCGAGCGAUUCACCAGCAACAUGUGCAUCCGCACCGAUGACUAUCCGCUCGAACAGAUUAUGGGCAGCAUUCGACGCCACAAAAAUGCCAUGUCCGCGCUGCUGGCCGAGUUCUAUGACAAACCCAACAACAAUCUGGAGUUUGGCGAUGAUUUUGAUGAUUUUAGUUUGAACAAAAAGCGUCGCGAGGACGAAGGCAGCAGCGCUGGCGGUAUGUGCCUCAGCGUCGUGCGCUAUGCUCGCCCCCAGAAAGCCAAAUCUGCGUCCGGGGAGUGGAAAUACAUCGUCAACACGGGGCAGCACACACAAACACUCAGGCUGGAGAAGUGCAGCAAUCCCGGCGAGAGCUGCUCGUACCUUGCGCAGACUUAUCGCUCGCACUGUUCGCAGGUGUACAACUAUCACCGCUUGCUCAGCUGGGACAAGGUGCGUGGCCUGCAUGUGGACAUCUUCAAGGUGCCCACGUGCUGCUCCUGCCAGGUGGAUGGCUAUCGGCAGCAGUUUCCGCCGCUGUCCUCCAUUCAGGCCAAGGACUACUCGCCGCUGGCCAACUACAAGCCGGUGAGUGUCGCCCCGAAUGGCGGCUACAGCACCAUCAAUGAGGAGGAUCUGGACUAUGCCGAUGAGAGCGAUGAGGAUGAGCUGGCUCUGGGCCUGAGCUAUCCCACCUUCAAUGGCCGCGACACCAACGAGCUCUAUGCCGGCGGCAGCAAGAAGCUGCGCGGCGCCUCAACCAGUGUUGGGCCGUACCUGAGUCCGCCCGAUGAUGAUGUCGAGGAGGAGCAGCAGCAGCAGCGGUUCAGUGGCUACAAGGGUCACGGACACAGUCACAAGAGUCCGGGUGCGAGUUCAAAGAAAUAUUACAGCCAGGUGAGCAGCCGCCGACGGCCGCAUCAGCAGCAACAACAGAAUGAGGCACGAGUGGACUUGGAUUUGGCGCCAAGUGAAAUGCAUACGGACCAAGAGGUAAACGUAAACCUGCUCAGUGCUGCUGGGGAGAAGCCCAUCCAGCGUCAGCCCAUCAAUCGCAAGCGUAUUUAUACCUCCACCCACCCCAACACAGCCGCCGCAGCCGCCGCAGCAUCAUCCUCAACAUCGUCCGCUGGAGGAGUCCGGCUACGCGUACCACAGACCACAAGCCUACCAGCCCGUACAGGAACCGCUGCUGCCAUCAGCUCCCAUACCAGUGGCCAUGCCACCCAUGCCCAUCAAGCAGCUGCCGCAGCAGCAGCCGCAGCAUUCCCUUCUGCAUCCUCAACAGCUGCGACAUCUCAGCCUGCCUUCGUCCAGCGCAAUCAGCAGCACUUCAACGGCGGUGGCAAAUCGCGACCCCGCUUCUAUGCCCCACCAGCGACAACGCCCGUGGCAGUCGCACCAAACCCAAUCUCCGUGGCAGCCAGCCCAGCGUCGCCUCUACCGACAGAGCGCACCACAAAGCAGCAGCAGCAACACCAACAGCAACAGCAGGGCCAGCAGCAGCAGCAUAAGUCGACGGCAUUUCCACAGCCGCCGACCGGCGUCUACCAUGUGAACUCGAAUUCCAUUUACACCAGCAGCAGCAGCAGCAGCAGCGCCGAUGGGCCCAGUAAUGGCACCAAACGCAUCAACUACAACUAUCAUCCCAUCAUCGACUUCUUCGAGAAGAGCAGCAGCAGGAGGGCAGAGCCGGCAACUGCAGCACCCGGCGGCUUAACAGACUACGACAUGGAGGAGUCGCAGCUCAUGGAGCAGCGCGUCUAUCCACAGAGGCCAGCGGGCGCAGGCAUGGCCACUGGUGUCUUUCAGCAUCCCAUUCCCAUACAACCCACAAUCUCCCACGAGCGGCGCAUGGGCUUUGGUGGUGCUGGUGCUGGUAGCGUGGGUGGUGCUGGUGGUGUGGCUGGCUUUGCCAAUGACAAUGCCUGGCAGCCAAUGGUUGUGGCAUCCUAAACACAAGUCGCAUGAUUCUGCCUCUGCUUCCAGCUCGAUUUUCCCCCCUGCUACCCCUCCUCUAACGUAUUAAACAGCGCCCAAAACGCUGACCUUUCGUCUGUAGUCUCUGCCGCUCACUUGCCUGCCCGUCAACCCGCUCCUAGACUCCAAUGGGAGCGCAUAAUCAAGUAGUUGUCUAGUUAUCAAUUCCGCUAAUCUCUCCCCAGACGCCCCUUGCCCC